GUGAUUCUCUGCGCUCGCCUCUCUGUCGCAGAGGCAGGUCGGAGGUGAAUCCGCACCGAGGGGGGAGCUUAUUAUUAUUGUUGUAUGCGAACGGAGGACGCGGAGCUGCCGCGGAUGAUGAUGGGCAGCAGGGAAGCCGCGGCUCCCGCAGCCCCGGCGGCCUCACCCGGCCGUCCGCCCGGGGAACGCGCGGUCGGCGCGAUGUGGGCGUUCGGGAAAUCCCUCGCCGCUGUCCUGCCGAUCUACCUGGCUGGAUAUUACGGCUUCAGCAUCAGCCUGGUGCUGUUCGGGCUGAUGCUCUACGUGGGCUGGAAGCACAGCCGCCUGGAGAAGGAGAUGAAGCUGAAGUCUGCCAUGUACCUGCUGGAAAACGAGAAGGAAUUCACCACAGAGACGGUCUUCAGAGCCAAGAAAGAUUUACCUCCCUGGGUCAAUUUUCCAGAAGUUGAAAAAGUGGAGUGGCUGAACAAGCUCCUGCAACAGGCUUGGCCCUUUGUGGGCCAGUAUCUGGAGAAGCUGCUGGUGGAAACCAUCGCUCCGGCCAUCCGAGCUUCCAGCAUUCACCUGCAGACGCUCAGCUUCACUAAGGUCAAUCUGGGAGAGAAGGCUGUGAAGCUGGUCGGCAUAAAGGCCCACACCGAACACGAUAAGAGACAAGUCAUGCUGGAUUUGUACCUGAGCUACGCCGGUGACGUCGAGAUCAAUGUUGAAAUCAAAAAGUACUUCUGCAAAGCCGGGGUAAAAGGCGUCCAGCUCCACGGAAAGCUGCGUGUGAUCCUUGAGCCUCUGAUUGGAGACGUGCCACUGGUUGGAGCGGUGACGAUGUUCUUCAUUCGCAGACCUAAACUUGACAUUAACUGGACUGGACUCACCAAUCUGUUGGAUAUUCCUGGUCUGAAGUGA